AUUAAGAGAGGCUGGAGAUGUUUGUCCAUCUGUGCACAUUCAGGAGGAAGACUGAGGACUGAGGACUGUUAUUGUUUUCAGAUAUUGAGCUCACUAACAAGCUGUCAGCAUGCCCACGGAUGCCCAGAAUGACGCUCGCUCUUUCCUGAGUGAGGAAAUGAUCGCUGAGUUCAAGGCUGCCUUUGACAUGUUCGACACUGAUGGUGGCGGUGAUAUCAGCACCAAGGAGUUGGGUACCGUUAUGAGGAUGCUGGGUCAGAAUCCAAGCAGAGAGGAGCUGGACGCCAUCAUUGAAGAAGUGGAUGAAGACGGCAGUGGUACCAUUGACUUUGAGGAGUUCUUGGUCAUGAUGGUGCAGCAGCUAAAAGAAGACCAAGCUGGAAAGAGCGAAGAGGAGCUUUCUGAAUGCUUCCGUAUAUUUGACAAGAACCAAGAUGGUUUCAUUGAUCGCGAGGAGUUUGGGGAUAUCUUGCAUGCCACUGGUGAGCCGGUGGCAGAGGAAGACAUAGAUGAGCUCAUGGCCGAUGCGGACACGAACAAAGAUGGAAAAAUUGAUUUUGAUGAGUUUCUCAAAAUGAUGGAGAACGUCCAGUAAGAAAAAUUCCAUUCCAUCCCCUCCAACCGCAACUGAAAGCAGUCAAGAUAUUCAAGAGAAACUGAGUGAGGCUUUUGAAGAAAAAGAAAACAAUGAGACAAAUCGGUAACAGUUAUGAUAGUAUGAAAUUUGCUUUGAGCAACAGAGAAAAUUAUAGAUGAGUGGUACCUUCUCGGCGAUGUUCCUCAAGGACCGCACUGUGAUAGUGUCUAUAAAUAACCAUUCAAACCAUUUAAGAGGAAACCACUUACCCCUCACCCCAGCUGUCCUCCACUACACCUGCUUCUUCCCAAGACAUUCUCCAGCCCUCUGGCCACGUCCCCUCACCCUUUGCUGUUUUAAAAUAGCCCUGUUACAGUAUUUACCUCAGAAGCAGACUUCAUGCUGUGUUGUCAUGGUGAUAAGAAAUCUCUUAUUUUUCCAACUGUAUCUUUGCAAAUUGAUUAAAAAGGCACCUUUGACUUA